AUGGAUACUGCUCAAUGGACGCAGGAAAUUGGAGCGGCGAAAUCAAUGACAGAGAUAACUGCAAAUACGUUCCCAAAUGACAGAAAGGUGAAGCCACAAAAGGACCACCCUCUUAAUUGUCCAAGGUGUCAUUCAACCAACACAAAAUUCUGCUAUUACAACAAUCACAGUCUUACUCAACCAAGAUACUUCUGCAAGACCUGUAGAAGGUACUGGACUGAAGGUGGUACCCUAAGAAAUGUCCCAGUUGGGGGUGGUUCAAGAAAGAGCAGAAAAUCCACUUCUUCCUUAUUGUCAACACCCCAUAAAAUUCCUGAUCUGAACCCUAGUUCAAGCAUUUCACAGUUUACCUCUCAAAAUGAUGGACAAGAUCUUAGCCUUUCUUAUCAUGAUUUGCUGAGGACUGGAAUUGCUUCAAGGGGUUUUAUCCCUACUCCAGCUCUGGAAAGAAAUGCCGUUUUCGCAUCUGGGUUUCCAUUCCAAGAAUCCAAGCCAGCUAUUGAUUUUUCCUUUGACAGGCUUGGGAUUAAUAUGUAUGGCGAAUCCAAUAAGGGAGACAACGAAAAUGGUGGAAAAUCAGAGUUUCCUUUUGGAGCAAUGAGACAACAUAUGAGCAAUAAAACAGAUCAGAGUAAAGGGCAGGAGAAUCCAAAUGGAUACUGGAAUGGAAUGUUUGGUGGAGGAUCUUCUUGGUAA